GGGAGGAUCUGGUCGGCAGCUUCGCCGGUGAGGGCGGAGUCCUCAGGCGGGUCAGUUCAUUUUGAUGCGUUUGAUCUAUUCGUUUAGAGUAUACGUUGUUAAACACGCCAUAUCUGUUGGUUCCUUAAUGCUUCAUGUUAAAGGGAAAUCGGGACAUGCAAUAAAGAUUAGGGAAGCUUAAUAAAUAGUUUAUGGCAUUUAUGUUUUUUUAGGCAAGAUAUUCUGUUUAUUCUGCUGGUCUUGUCAGAGAUCUUAAAGUGUGUCUUUAUAUUUAAGAUUGAGGAGUCCCCGUCGGCUUCAAAGCCGGCUCUGGCUCAGACCCUACCCAGCAAACUUCUAACGACGACCAGAGAUGACAUUGCUAACGUUACCACAGCCGGACCGUCCAUCGCGGAAGCACUUGCUCUGUCAACCAUGGAGCCGUCGAGCCCCCCAACCAUCGAGCCCUCGCAGCCUCCAAGAGCUUUCACCACCGUUGUGCCGCAGAGUACCGUAACAGGUGCAGGGGUCCCUGCCCCGGAAACUGUCGCUGUGCCGAAAGAUGGGACGACGGAGGACACACACGUCGAUCACGGGGUGAAUGACGUCACGACGACAUC